AUGGCCCCGCGGUUUUCAAGCGUCGCUGUUAUUGGAGCAGGUCCAUCAGGCAUAUCUGCAGUGAAAGCGCUGCAGGAAGAAAACAUCUUUCAAACCAUACGUGUCUUCGAGAGACGCAACGAAGCUGGAGGAAUCUGGCAUUACGACCCCACGCCUGAUGCGUUCUUGGGCCUGGGACCACCUAUUCAGCAACAUAGCCAGUCGCUCUUGCAACUCCCACAGCUAGUGUCACCAGCUGCUGAAGAUCCGACCUCUCGUACAGCCAUUUAUGAUGGUCUCGAUAGCAAUGUUGGCGCGAAGGCCAUGGCAUUUACGCACACCCCCUUUCCCAGUCGCAAUUCUGCAUCAUCUAUCCGAUCUCUUGGGCACACCAAUCCAACGAGACCAUUUCGCGUUGUGAGGAGGUACCUGCAGGAUAUAUUCAAAGAUUACAUUCAUUUCGCGUGUUUCAAUACCACCGUGGAAAAAGUGGAGAAGAGGGAUGAAAAAUGGAUCUUAACCCUUCGCCAAUCUGGUCACUUCUCUGACAACUCUCCCGCCGAUUAUUUGUGGGAGGAGCAGUUUGAUGCUGUAAUUGUUGCGUCCGGGCAUUAUAGCGUGCCUUUUAUCCCGGAUAUUCCAGGCUUGAGUACUGCUCUUGCACUCCAUCCGACGGCAUUCGAGCACUCCAAGGCAUUCCGGAAUGCGGACAACUAUGUGGACAAGCGCGUAGUCCUUGUCGGAGGCAAUGUAUCAUCCGCUGAUCUCGUUGCGGACCUCCAUGCCGUCGUGAAAGGUCCCCUCGAGCUUUCCCGCAGAGGCCAAAACGAAGCCCUCCAAUCUGCGUGGGAAUUGCCUAAUGUCCGACAGAGGCCUACAAUCAAAGAGGUACUCGCAGAUAAAGAGGGUUUGAUAGUAAAGUUCUCCGACAACACGAUCGUGGAGAACGUGGACAAGAUUCUUUUCGCAACUGGGUACAAGUUGUCUUAUCCUUUCAUUGUACCGAACCCUGUGAGUCCCAACAACAGACUAGCAGGGUUUUACCAGCACAUUUUCAAGAUAGGUGACCCUUCUUUGGCUCUUGUUGGCCAGGUCCGCGCUGGGAUCAGCUUUCGCGUGUACGAAUACCAGGCUGUCGCGGUGGCUCGGUAUUUUGCUGGAAGAAAUGCGUUGCCCUUGCCAACCCCAGAGCAGCAGGAUCUUUGGGAAACCCAAAGACUUCAAUACAAAGGACAUACAUCUUUAUUCCACGAAAUCAAGCCCGACUUCAGCGAAUACUUUGGCUUUUUGACAGACUUGGCGGGACCACCCGCAGCAGAAAGCGACAGUUACACGCUUCCCCGUUGGAAGGAUCUAUGGGCAGAACAGGCUUUUGAGAUCCUUCAGCUAAAGGAUAAACAUUGGAGGUCACUUCGAAGGAGUACAGAUGCAUUGGGCGCGCCAUCAAAGCUAUGA